AUGACGCAAGACUUCUUACGCCUUUUCCUUAGUUUGAAUAAAUGGCUAUCUAUCUAUCUAUCUAUCUAUCUAUCUAUCUAUCUAUCUAUAUAUAUAUAUGAAUAUAAACUAAGAAAUAACCAAGAAGAAAUCAGAUACAUAUGUCUGGCAUCGUGCAUCUAUCUAUCUAUCUAUCUAUCUAUCUAUCUAUCUAUCUCAGUUCAUUAUCUAUCUAUCUAUCUAUCUAUCUAUCUAUCUAUCUAUCUAUCUAUCUAUCUAUCUAUCUAUCGCAGUUCAUUAUCUAUCUAUCUAUCUAUCUAUCUAUCUAUCUAUCUAUCAUCAAUUUUUUAUAUAUAUUCUUCACGUUUCCUGCAAUUCUUUUUUUGUCUGGAGAGAUCAACAAGAUGCCCGGAGAAGUCAGAGUUCCUCCUCCUCCUUUUGACUAAGGUUACUUUAGCCUGGUACCCGGACACAAACGUGGAGCAUCCGGUGGAAAGUGAACACAUUAGACGUUUUUCGGAUAAAUUUAACCAUUGCAUUACAAUGGCGCUUUCAAACAUCUAUCUAUCUAUCUAUCUAUCUAUCUAUCUAUCUAUCUAUCUCAGUCUGUUCAGAUCAACCUAUCUAUCUAUCUAUCUAUCUAUAGAAAGUGAUCUAUCUAUCUAUCUAUCUAUCUAUCUAUCUAUCUAUCUAUCUAUCUAUCUAUCUCGUUCUCUUCAUAUCUAUCUAUCUAUCUAUCUGUGA